GUCCGCUUUUCAAACUCAAUCUCCGGUCACGCUGGCUGCAGAGUUGUUUUUGCAGUUUAAGCUACGCUCGGAUGAGAAAAUUUAAAAUAAAAUAGUUUCUCUUAAUUUAAAUACGGUUCAAAACGCAUUGGAGCUGUGCAAGUGCAAUAAUUGUGCGUCAAGAUGCGUCAAUUCAACAUUUCGGUCAUUGGACUAUCCGGGACCGAAAAGGAUCGCGGCCAGGUGGGCGUGGGCAAGUCAUGUUUGUGCAACAGAUUUAUGCGGCCGAUGGCCGACGAUUACUUUAUCGAUCACAUAUCAGUGCUCAGCCAGAGCGAUUUCAGCGGUCGCAUCGUGAACAAUGAUCACUUUCUCUAUUGGGGCGAGGUGCGCAAAACGACCGACGAAGGCGUCGAAUACAAUUUCAAUAUCAUUGAGCAGACCGAGUUUAUGGAUGAUUCGACGUUCCAGGCCUUCAAAGUGGGCAAAAUGGAUCCAUAUCUGAAGCGUUGCACCGCCACCAAAGUCUUCUCCGCUGAGAAACUCAUGUACAUAUGCAAAAAUCAGCUGGGCAUCGAAAAGGAAUACGAACAGAAGGUGAUGCCCGACGGUCGGCUGAGUAUCGAUGGCUUCGUCGUUGUCUUCGAUGUGAGUCCCGUGCCCAAUCGCAGUGUGGAGAAACAGGUUGAGUUUGUCCAGAAUGCCAUUGCGAACAUAUUGAAAAACAAGAAACCACUCGUUCUGGUGACCACAAAGAACGAUGAUGCCUAUGAGCUGUAUGUGAGGGAGGCGGAGAAGAUCAGUCAACGGAAGGAUUACAAGAGUACGGUGCAAUUGAUUGAGACAUCGGCGCACGAGAGCAUCAACAUUGAUCUCGCAUUUCUGAUGCUUGCCCAAAUGAUCGAUAAGGUGAAGAAUCGCGUCAAGAUCAUUUCAUAUCAGGAAUCGGCGAAAUCACGCAAAGAACUCCUCGACAUCCGAUCGGAGGCGGUCACGCGGCUGAUACGCAAUCAAAUUACCGAUUAUCAUGUGCUGUGGUCGCAGGGCUCCAAGAUGCUGUCGCAGUAUCGCGAAUGGAACGAGUUCCUCAACAUUUUUGGACACGAGGCCGGUCAGAAGUUGUUCCGUCGCCACAUGAAGAAGCUGCGUGACGAUCAUCUCAACAAGAAGCUGCAUCAAUAUUUGGAUAAGUUUGCAUUGGCCCUCGAGUAUCUGCUGCCCGAUAUCAGUGCGCUCAAUAUUAGCGAUGAUGAUGCGUGGGAAUGCGCUCGCAACUAUCUGCAGAAUCACAUUGAGUUUGAGCAGUAUUUCUUCGAGUGUCCGCAGGCCACAUGGACCGAGCUAUUGGACAUGGAUGAGGCUGAGGAUGAGGCGCGUAUACCGUUCGAUGUCCUCGAGACGAACGAGGCCGAGACCGUCUUCCGCAACUACUUGAACUCGGUGCAGCAGGACAAGAAGAAGAUCGGCUGGAAGCAACAGUUCAAGAUGCUGCUGGAGGAGUCCGGUUUCGUGACGCCCGGAAAGCAGCUGUCGGAGGUUCGGGUGCUGUUCAUGGGUCGUGAGUGCUUCGAGGCGCUGUCGGAGCAUGAUUGCCAACAGAUCUACGAUAUCCAUCAGGACGAGAUCAUUGAGAAGAGCAAACAGAAUUUCGUUGAGCUGCUGCUGGAGCAUGCGCAAUACUUUCUGCAGUUCAAGAACGUUGAUAUCAUCACGCAAGAGGAUGUCCGGCAAAUCACGGAUGUGAUACAGGAGGAUUCGCGUUACAAGAUGCUCGAUCGCUUGGAUCAGGAGCGACGAGUGAUGCUGGUGCAGCAUUUGCGCUUCAUCCAUUGCCCCAUCCGUGAUCAUUGUCCGUUCUUCAACAAUUGCGUUGAUAACUUGAUAGAAGAGGUGCUCUCCGACAAAUCCUCAGCUGGCAAUCACAAGUCAUCACAUGCUGGGGGACAAGUUGGCGGCGGAGGCUGGAAAUCGACGCCUGGAAGUGGCAGCGAUCGAACAUUGAAUCUGCUGAUCGUGGGCUCGGAGCAUUUGGCCAGCGAUCUGCUCAACGAUAUACGCAUCUGCACGGGCAGCAAGGGCGAAUACAUCUACGAGAAUCAAACAUAUUAUCUCAACUAUCGCAUUGCCAACGGCGACAUGGAGGCCUUCAAGGCCAUCGACGUCUAUUCGAGUGGUCUGAUUUGUGUGUACUCCAAUCAGCAAUCGUUUGAGACGCUCAAGGACAACUUGGAGCGCACUUUGCUCUGCAAUCUCGAGCUGGAGGAUAAGUUUGAGAAUCUACCGAUUGUGUUGGUCUAUCAGCCGCAGGAUCUCAAGGAGAACGAAGUCGAGUAUUUGCGCAGCGAGGGAAUGCGUCUAUCGGAAAUGUUGCACUGCGAUUUCAUUGAUCAUACGCAAAAUCAUCAGAAAUACGUCUACGAUAUACUCAACAUUGUCAUUCUAUCGCUCAAAUUGAGCGAAAUGAAAAGCUACGAGCCAUAUCCAUCGUCCAAUCACACCGAUCUCCGAAUUUUGGUUUGCAUCUACUGCGGCGAUCAGUAUGACAUCGAGAACAUUGUCCAGCCAUUGUUGGCCGAGUCCAGUUUGGUCAAGGCCAACGAGCAUUGCAUCGUUGUCGAUGUCUUCAUUGGCGAUGCGAAGCGACGCGUUGAGUUUAUCUUGUCAUCGUAUCAUGGCACCAAUCAGUAUCGCGAUGAGCUCAUACACGGCUAUAUUUACAUCUAUUCGGCCAAACGACGCUCCUCGCUGGCCAAUCUCAACAUUUUGGCAGCACAGAAUGCCAACAUUCCAUUGCAAAUUGUGGCGGUAACGGAGAGCGGCGGCGUUAAUGCGUUCUUCAAUAAUGAGAUUUGCCAGUUUCUCAUCACCGAGGGCAAUGCGUUGGCCGAUCGCUUCAAGGGCAGCUUCAUGACCUUCUCCGCCGAUCAGUAUGUGAAGUUUGCCUUUUAUAAUCCAUUCCUGAAGACGGCCUGGGACAACAAAUACGAGGUGGAGAAUCUGCAUGUGGAGGAGUCAAUUACUUUAGAUUCGGGCGAAGGCACGCUUGAGAAUUCAGUUAAUCAAAUGCCACGUCCGCCACCGAGACACGAAAGCUAUAUGCUAUCCAAUACACUUGGUACCGAUGGUUCCGGCAGUGAGAAUUACGAAAUGCUUCCUACAAGAUCUCUCAACUCAUUAAAUGAAGAAAGAGAUAUAUCUUUAGAUGAAAUCUAUGAUGACAACAACGAAAAACCCAAGCACCUGCAUCAAAGAUUCCAGAUAUUCCCUCCUCCAACAACUCCUCCAGAGCCAGCCCCUCCAGAUCAUCAGCUCAUUACAUGCACAUAUAAGAGUCAAUUCGUUUCGGCUUCAGAAUCAAGUUUGGAAGAAAUAACAUCGGAUGUCAGCGGGUCGAAGGAUUCAUUGGCCACCCAUGAUGCAGAAUGGCUCGAGGAUAAGAACGAUCCGCGUCGCAGCAACAUGAACAAGAACUCGAUAUGGAAUAAUUUCAGCGGAUCGACGCAUGCUUAUACCACAGGGAGGCGGCACAUUGAUUCCAAUUUGAAUAAGAUACGGCCCAAGGGACCGAGCCAAACGCUGAAGGUGGGUGAAGCGCCCAGUCGAAACUGUGCCAUGAGCUCCUCAACUUUCACGCUACCCACACAGCAACCGGGCAAGCUGAACAUGAAAAACUUUCAGCUGGUCAGCGAUGCCGUCGCCAAAAUGAAUUUCACCAGCAGCGGCAGCAUGGGUGAAUCCUAUUUGGGUGGCGUUGGCGGUGUCGGAGGCGAUGGCAUUGUUGGCGUCGGAGUUGGCAGCGAUAAGGAUGCCAAGCGCUAUGAUCACGCUCAGCUCGAUGGCGAGGACGAGGACUCCGAGGAGCUGGCCGAGUAUGAACAAAUCUACGAAAACGAAGACUGCACCGAGUCGGAUAGCUGCGCCAGCUCGACGGAGCGUCGGGUGCGACAACAGAACGCCUAUUACAAGGCCAACAAGAAGGCUGCUACUACCAAGAAGAACAAAAAGAAGAAGGUCGCCAUUCCGGUGCAAACGCCACGCGUUCCUCCCUUUGGAUCCUACGUCAGUCCCCCGGAGAUACCGUCGCACUAUCAGCGCAUGGCCGCCGUUGCCGCUGCAGGUGAGAAGAAAAAAGCUGAGGCUGUGCCCGACUUCAUGAAGAGCGACAAAUCGCCCGAGUAUUCCAUGGUGCCCGAGUUAACGGCAGCGGGUAUUUUUGGUGCGGAGAAUUCGCCCGAGUUCAAUAUGAAUGCCAAAUGCUUGAAGGACUUUGAGAAGCUGGAGAAGCGACGCAUCAAGGAGGAGACAGCACGAUUGCGCAAGCAACAGGAGCGUGAAAAGGAGCAGGAAAAGAAGCUGAAGCGUAAGCUCAAACAAAAUGCCAAGGGUCUGACCGAGACAACCGAGGCACAAUUUGGCAAACUGAUGAUCACAUCCGACAAGGACGAGAUUCCCAUUUUCCUCAUCAAGUGCGUGGAGUUCAUCGAGAAGGAAGGUCUCGACUCUGAGGGCAUUUAUCGUGUUCCCGGCAGUAGAGCUCACGUCGACAUGCUCUUCCAGCGCUUCGAAGAGGAUACCAACACGGUGAUUGAUGUGCUCGAUAUACCAGUGAAUGCUGUGGCCACGGCGCUCAAAGAUUUCUUCUCGAAACGCUUGCCGCCGCUGUUCAGCAAGGACAUCAUCAAGGAGCUCGAAGAGAUUGCGGGCUCUCGUGGCGUCGGCUCAUCCAAGCUGAAUGUUGAGGUUAAAACCGAUCGCAGUUGCCGUUUGAUAGCUUUAAAGUCCUUGCUGCAGAAAUUACCAACCAUCAACUUUGCCAUACUCAAAUACAUAUUCCAGCACUUUGUGCAUGUCUCGGAUAACUCAAAGCUGAACAGCAUGGACAGCAAGAAUCUGGCCAUUUGCUGGUGGCCCACCUUGAUACCCAUCGAUUUUACCGACAUGGGACACUUUGAGCAGCUGCGGCCCUAUCUCGAGGACAUUGUCCAGACGAUGAUUGAUCAAUUCCCGUAUCUCUUUUGCGGCAAGGAUGCCUUUGUCAUGGUCUAGAGUCUAGCGAAGAAGAAGGCUAGCGAGGACGAAACACACUCAUGGAGCAGCAGCACCAUCAUGAACCCAUCGAUCGAUUUACAGAUCAUUAAAAAGGAAAAACAAAAACAAAAUCACAAUAACGACAGCUAAAUAGAAGAAGAAGACGAAGAAGAGAGAUCCUUUUUACUUUGUUGCAAAAGUGUGAAGGGUCUUCUCAAAAUUAAAUGAAGGCAGCCAAGUCGCCAUUUUUUUGUAAACGCAACAGUAUGAGUGCAUGAAUGUAUGUGUGUGCGUGUGUGUGUGUGGGUGUGAAUGCGUUUGUAUUGUAAAGUAUUUGAUAUGGAAACGAAAAGUAUAUAAAGAGAAGAGGAGGAGGAGGAGCAACCAAUUAGUUAAGUAGGGUAUAUAUUUAUUUUUUGAUAUGUGUGUAUGUAUAUCUAUAUAUGCAUGUAUUUAACCACAUUUUAACUGAUUUUAUUGUAUUUUACUUCUGUAUUUUUUUUUGUAUUUUUAAUAUAUACAUAUAUAUACACAUAUAUAGAUAUACAUAUUUUGUAUUUAAUGGCUUUGUUGUGUUUCCGUGAUAUAUGUAAACGCAUAAUGCGUAAAGAACAAAACAAAAAAAAAGAAGCGCCCAACAACAAACGCCCCCCGCACUACGCCUGAACCGCUCCUGUGUGUGCUCCUGAACUUGGCUUUGCUCACCAACACUUGCUUCGUUCAGUGUGUGCGUGUGUGCAUCGGUGUGUGUGUUUGUCGUCGGCGUCAAAAGAGAAAAAUUCAAUAAAUGUAUUAAUUGUGUAUUGUAUGUUAAAAGAACAAGAAAAUAAUAAGAAAAAACAAAACACAUAAACAAAGCAUAAACUAAAGCAUUACAUAUACACAUAUAUAUCUAUAUAUUUGCUAUGUAUGUCUAAUUAGAGGACGAAGCAGCAGACGAAGAAGAGCUGCAAAGUAAACGAAAAAGUAAAGCGCAAACGCAAAUGCAAAUGCAAAAUUCAAAACCAAUUCCAGCUAAACUAAAUGUGAAUCUCUUAUUGUAUGUGAGUCUGUGUCUGUGUCUGUGUGUGUGUGUGCGAGUGAAUGUCCUGUUCUUUUAUGUGUAUUUAUGUGCGUGUGUGUGUUUGUGUAUGUAUUAAGCAGGCAGCAAAACAAAUUGUGUCUAAAAGAUGGCAAGCAUGUGUAUUAAGUAAUUAGCGCUAAUAUUGAUACAAAAACAAAAAACAUUGGUACUACCCGCCCCCCAGCCCUGAUCCUCGCCUAUGACCACCACCCCCCGCGGCCCUCUUGACAUGCAACAGCAUUGCAGUAUGCUGUCUAUCUCACUCACUCUCUUUGUCUCUAGGCUCUCAGCUAUUAUAAAUGUGUGCUCUACUCUUACAUAUGGCAAAAAAAUAAAAAACAAACACAAAACAAAAACAAAACUCAUAUACAACAACUUCGAUAUAUAUAUAUAAUAUAUAUGUAUAUAUUCGUACAUAUAUAUCUAUAUAUAUACAAUAUAUAUGUGUAUUUUAACUAAAAAACAAACAAAAAAAAACAAAAAACGUAGACAACGUAAGCGUAAGUGUUAUUUCUUGUAAUUGAGCAUUAAUUUUUUAUAAACCUAAUUAUAUAAUUGUGUAUCUUGUGUCUGAACGGACCUCAAACUUAAAGCAAAACAACAACAAAAAAAACGAAAGAAAAAAAAGUAAAACUAAAUAAAAAAAAUUGAUGUGCGAAAAAAAAAACAAAACAAAACAAAAAAACAGAGAGAAGAGAAUGACAAAAAAAAGCAAACAAAAUAACCAAUAUAUAGUAUAAUUUGUAUAGAUGUGUGUCUAUUGCAUUAUUUGUACAUGAAUGUACAUGCACAUACAUACAUACAUAUAUGUAUAUACGAUAUAUAUAUGAACAUAUACACGCAGGAUGCAAUGCUAUAUAUGUAUAUGUACUUGUAUGUGUAUGCAUUUAUUUAUAUACGCUACAAAAGAAAAACAAAAACAAAACAAGAGAAAACAAAAAAGAAAUGCAAAAAAAAAACAAAAACAAAAUAUGUCUCAACAAAAAUGUAAUUCGAC